AGUAGUACGUACGCUGUGCUGCCAAUUUACCGUCAACGCGCCGUGUGUUGUUAACUUAACUUUGAUAUGUUGCGAACGUUCAAACUUGGCGCGCCAGCUGUGAGGAGGAGGGGGAAUGAAUGAGAUGUCUGCUAGCGCUCCCAGCGGCCUGCGCUGCAGUCGUGCGCGGCAACUUCUAGUGGCAGUGGUGGAGUGUUCAUUUUAUGUGGCGUAUUUCGACCGUGUUCCUAUCAUAAUUGUGUCCAAAUGUGUGUGAAUUUAUGGCGGCGCGAGUGUUACUGCUCAGCGUUUGGUUUGCAGUAGUUCUGUUGACCGGAAGCAGCAAAGGUCUAGAACUGGGGCUGCAGUUCGGAGUGGAGCCUGAGGACCUUGUGGCGAGCCGCAACAAGCCUGCGCUGCUACAAUGUUCCUCUCCCUCUCCCAAUGUCACCUUCCAAUGGACCCUGGACGACAAACUGCUUCCUCUCGUCAACAACUCUCGCAUCCAACUUUCCUCCAACGGAUCACUCAUAUUCAAGAAGUUAUUCCACAAGAAGGCAGGACAUGGAGUUUCUGAUCAGGGAGUUUAUCGCUGCAUCGUCAGGUCCAAUGUUGGUGCGAUCAUCUCCAGGCCUGCAGUGCUGCGGUUUGCCUCAAUGUCUCACGAGUUUGCGGACACCGGCCGCAACACUACGUUGUCCCAAGGAGACCCAUUGUUGCUGCCUUGUACCAUAGACUCUGUACCUGCCGCUGACGUUUCUUGGCUGAAGGACUCACAGCCUCUUCCCAAAGAUCCCAGGCACCUAAUACUCAACAAUGGAACGCUCAUAAUAAACCAACUACGGAAUGAAGACGAAGGAAACUAUAGCUGUGUGGCCGUCAACACCCUACUAGGCAAGUCCCGUCCCAGCAGCUCUGUCAGCGUAAAGGUUGUUCCUCGGCUAGACCCGGCCCCUCUGGAGAUCCUACGACCCGCCGCGCAACAGACCUACGUCAACUGGACCCAGGGAGCUAAUGUUUCUCUGGUGUGUGUUGCCCAGGGGACUCCUCCCCCUUUGGUCAAAUGGACCAAGCAGCUUCUAGAUCAGAGCAGUGUGAUGGUGUCCAACGUAUCAGAAGGAGUCAGCAUCCUGAAGAUAGAAGGGGUUACUGCCUCUCAUGCUGGGGUCUAUUUGUGUGUGGCCUCUCAUGACAAGAAGCUCACUACGGUCUCUGUCACCAAGCAAGUGACGGUGGAGCAGGUGUUGCGGCCGCCAGUUAUAACCAAGAGACCAAAGUCGCAGGAGUUCCCCACUGCCAAGACAGUGAGAUUCCAAUGCGAGGCAGACGGCAACCCUCCCCCAGACAUCAUGUGGUAUAGAGACGGGCAGAAACUGCACAUCAAUGGCCGUAUCAAGCUGAGGAAGGAGCUAGUAGUGAGCAACACAGUCAGCAACGACAGCGGAGUUUAUCAGUGUGUAGCCUCAAACAGCGAGGGAGUGGCGUGGGCCGCAGCGAGGCUACUGGUGAAUGUGUCACGCGACCAGCCGAGGCCGCCCACGCGAGUGUCGUGCGUGCCUGUGUCUACGACAGCUGUGCAGCUUUCGUGGGAACAACCGUCGAAUGCUGGCCUCAAGGCUUUCACCAUCCAUUAUCUGCCCACAGAUGGAGGGGAGGAGCGGAUGAUGGUAGUUGAGAUGAUCAAAGGGAAAGUUAACCAGAGUCUAACUGUGGACAAGUUGCCUCCGUACACCAACUACACCUUCUACGUCAGGUCCUACAACAGCAACGCUGCUUCCGACAACAGUGAGGAGGUUGUCUGUCAGACGGGUCAAAGUGUGCCGCAAUCUAUUCCCGUGACGAGAGUGACGGCGCAAGGACCCAUGACAGUCCAAGUGGAGUGGGAUCCACUGUCUCCUCACGUGGCUCAGGGUCAGGUGACCCAGUACAAGGUGCAGUGGAGGCGCAAACACCAUCCAACCAUCCACGUGGAUCAGGUGCCAGGAGAUAUCAACACCUACGUCAUCACAGGGCUGAUACCAAAUACGGAGUAUGAAGUGAGAGUGCAAGCCGCCACAGUGAAGGGAUGGCCAAGCCUGACUGAACACGAGAUGCCUUGGACCUCGGUAGUGACUCCGCCACAACCCUCCAUAUCUCCCCUGCUGCCCCCACCUACAGUACAGCUGACUGUCAUCAACUCUACCACAAUACAGGUGCGAUGGACCAUGCUGGCAGAGUCUGUGGAAGUGGAAGGCUACCGACUGUCGUAUCGCAAGCACAAUUCUGCCCCGUCCAGUCCCAUCCAACUGCCUUCAAACAGCAGUGAUUACAUGCUGCUUGGACUAGAUCCGCAGACCUGGUACGAAGUGCAAGUGCAAGGGUUUGUAGGAGAAACAGCAGGAGAGGCGGGGGUGAGAGCUAUCCACACAUUGCCUCCACUACACAACGCCACCCCCGCACCUGCUCUUGCCCCGCCUACCAAUCUAGAGGCUAGCCCCGCUUCAGCAUCCGCUAUCAACCUUACCUGGGACAUUCCCCCUGCGUCUCACAACAAUCACAGCUACUACACUGUCAGCUACCUCAUCGUCUCCUCCUCCCCCAGCGAGGAAAACAAUACCAGCUUUCUACACAGUACAAGCAACGGAGUACGAGUGAGUGGACUGAGACCGUACACUCUUUACCAGUUCAAGGUUCGAUCCCACGAUCACAACAAUCGACACAGCGAGUACAGCCAGAUAGUCGAGUGCCAGACCUUAGAAGAUGUGCCGGAGAAGGUGCUGGAAGUCCAGUACAAGCCUCUGAAUACGAGCAGUGUGAAAGUUAUGUGGAAGGAACCGAAUGUUACCAAUGGGAACAUUGUUGGUUACGAAGUGAGCUACGCACGACAGCUGAUGUUGCCCCCGGAAAAGUGGAAGAACGUUACGGUUCACGACACCAAGACCUGGACUGAGGUGUCUGGCCUUUCCCCCAACACCAAGUAUUACAUGGUAGUACGUGGGGCCACGUCAGCUGGGCUAGGAGCCCCUUCAGACCCUAGGGAGGUGUUCAUCCCUGCUAGGGAACGCCCUCACACCAGUCCAGCCCCUACCCCCACCCCUGUCAAUACUACCCAGCCCAAUGAUCAGUUCCUUGGUGUACUGCUGGGCUGUGUGAUAGGAGGUUGUUGUGUAAUUCUGUGCAUGGCCACGCUCAUCUACAGGCGCAAGUGCUCGACGCACGCUCAGUGCCGCACCACCCAACGUGCCUCUAAUGGCGCUCAGUGCUUCCAUUCUACUCCAGAACACCAUGAAAUGCAGUGCCUACCCCAUCACCUCGACACAAAGGGUGGUCAUGCCAAUGGCGAAGUGAAUGGUUUGAAGCUGCCUUUACUGAGUAACGGACGAUUGCCAAACGGACUGGUGACAAGAGAGAGAAGUGUAAGAAUCACAGAAAACCCACAGUUUGAGUGCAGUGUAACAGUUUCUUGUGAGGAACUGCGCCAGCCCAGCGACGAGGGAGACAGCCUGCUGAGUGGCCACAGUCUCAAUGACACUCAACUGACCACAAUCAAUUCACACACACUGACACAGUCUCCGUGCGCGCAGGACAAGCAUGAGCCUGAUGACGGGUUCCAUGAGAGUCACCAGCCGAUGGUGGGGCCUAACGGCUGAGUGCCUCACCUCGCUCCACCCCGCUCCCUCCGCCAAUGCCCCACCUCGCAACAGUGCUACAUCGCAGCCAACAAUCUAUCCACUAUUAUUAUCAUAUAGGCCCUAACAUAAAUUUUAUACAGUAUAUGAGAUGGUUUAUGUUUAGAAUUUCGAAGUAGUUGAACUAAGCAAUAUAGGAAGUGACCUAAACAUAUGGGAUUAGCAUUCCGUAAUCUUAGAGAUUUUUUUUCAAUUUUAUCAUUGUGGAUUUAGUUAAUGUUAAAUCGAGUUUUUUUCACAUAAUCUAACACGAAGCACCGAAAUUAACAAUGUUUCCGCGACGAGGUUGCUUGGUGGUCGGCCGUCUCAUAGCAACCCUUUAGCCAAUCUUGCAAUACAUAACAUAUAACCGUUACCAAAUAUAAGCUAGGGUCCCGGGUGUGAGCCCUUGUUCCUACGUACAACGACACUUGUCGCGACAAGGCUACGCGAGCAGCUUUUAAUGUAGAUUUAUUUUAGAUUAAGUCAAAUAGUGGAUUUUAAGAGAUAAUAGCUUAGACUAUAUUUUUUUUAGAUUUAAUUGUUAAUAAACUUAACGGUGUGAAAGUGAGUGGUGGUCGCGCGUGUGUUGUUUUUAUGUUCGCUGAUACAACAUCGUAAAGUUCAAUUUAUGAAACAGGGAAUUUUUGUAAGACACUCGUCGCAGCUGUUCCGAAAGUUCUACGUGUUCCCUCGAUCGUUCAUAACCUUUUUUUAUAUAUAUUACAUAGAUAUUAAUAAACUGGUACCUGAUUUUAUUUUUUUUACAUUGUUUUUGUAUGAUAGAUGUAUAGUCGUGUAAGCGUUGUUUCUUCUACGUGUGUAUUCUAGACAUAGUACAAAGGGCGAGUCGGACUCGUCCGCUUUUCUUUAUCUCGGUGCUUUAUCGGAUGUUUUGCUUUUCACUAUUUUCAAAGUUAGAUUCGUCUUUGGUGCCUUUCACAAACGAGUAGUAUGAAGGUGACUACAAAAUUAUUGAUCUAUCUACGUUUUUCUUAGUUGUCCGUCCAUUUUGUCGGCCCGGCCCUCAUCGGACUAAUCCGAUACGUCAACAUUCCUUCAGUUGAGAUUCAAUAUUCCAUACAGAGUACCUUGCACCAAACGUUCCUCACAUUGCCACAUACAAAAUACCUCACAACGGUCAUGUUCCACAUUAUUAUUUUAGUCUGCUGUUUAUUGCAGUUUGCCUUUUGUCGUCGAUUUCCAUUCUGUUAAUUCGAAGAAGGUAGAUAUGAAAUUAUCAUGAAGCGACAUUAUUCUCUCUUUUUUAAUUAACUAUUGAUACAUAAUAGUUUUACGAAUUAAUUAUUUUAAACUAAAUAUAUAUUUUCUAUAUUUCUUUUCUCCUACCACAUAACUUUUCAAAGUGGAGUAACUUCAUUUUGAAAUAAACUGACUACUGUGGUUUUUUAUUAUUUUUUCUGCAAAAAAAUUUUAUGGGCA